UUUAUUUGCUGGCGAUUUGCGUUUAUUGUGAAUUAAGCUCAAAUUAAGCAAAAAAGUAAUAAUAAAUAGGUAGUGUGUGUAAUUUGUACAUAUUAUGAAAAUGGCUGGACUGGAGUCCAUGAUUGCUGAAGAGGUUAAGCCGGUUGAUAGGGAAAAGACGUGUCCCCUGCUUCUUCGAGUGUUCUGUUCUACUGGUCGUCACAAUUCGCCAGGUGAUUAUGCGAGGGGUAACGUUCCCCAAAAUGAAUUACAAAUUUACACCUGGAUGGAUGCAACACUGCGCGAGCUAACAGGUCUUGUCAAGGAAGUCAAUCCCGAGACCCGACGCAAGGGAACAUAUUUCGAUUUUGCUAUUGUGCACCCAGAUAUGAGAUCACCUACAUAUAGGAUGAGAGAGAUAGGAGUGACAUGCUCCGGCCAACGCGGUGGGGAUGACAACAAAACUUUGAGCGGUGUUAAAUUCCAAAUUGGCAGCUACUUGGACAUAUCAAUAACACCACCAAACAGAAUGCCACCUCCAAUGAGGCGGCCACAGCCAUACAUCAACAAUCGACCAUAUUAAAUACGAGUAAUUGUUCAUAAACUGUUUACAGUAAAAAUAAUCUGGAUUUUCUAUGCCAAUUAAUUGUUGACAUAAAUCACUAUAAUCUAUUAUAUUGGGUCUUUAAAGGAAUGUGAACAAAGAAAACCAAGUGACUGUUAUCUGGCCAGAGAUACAACAUUGUGUAUCUAUUUUAUUAUAUGAUUAUAUCAGUGGCCAAAUGGCCUUGUCAUGUGUUGUUGUUGUUGUUGUCCUACGGCACCCUGGAAGUGCAUAGGGCCUCCACAAGAUCCCUCCACGCCUUUCUAUCUUGAGCAACCGUCUUGGCCUCGUUCCAGCUCAUUCCUAUGGCUCACAGCUCGUUCUCUCCUCUCCUCCUCCAGGUGUGUACGGGGUGUUUGUGGGCUUGCUUUCCGUUCUGAGGCCGCCACUCAAACGCGAUACUGGCGUUGUUCGCAGCUCCUCUUCGAGGGGUAUGUCCGAUCCAUUUCCAACAACAACAACAACAACAACAUAUCAGUGGCCAAAUGGCCUUGGCAUAUGGUUUGUUUUUACCUGACAGUGCAAUGUAAAGGAGGGUAAUGUAUUCAUUUAGUAUUCCUUUAUUUAGGUCUGGCUGUGUUCCAUAAGUCAAAAAGUUUCAAGACUCCUAAAAUAGACUGUAGUG